AUGGCCCCCGCGGCAAUAAUCAUGAGUGGGAAGACAGGAACCACCGCGUCGAAUAGGGCCUGUGAUAGGUGCCGUCGGCGGAAGGCUAAAUGCGAUUUUGCCAACUCGUCAUGCACGAGGUGUGACUCGGCGGGACUUCGGUGCACAUUUGAUCUUCCCGUCCAGAGACGAGGGCCGAAGACUCGGUAUCCCGUUACUCCUCCUCCUAUUCCUACUACGGCGACGGCUUCGAGGACUCUACCAAGCCAAGCCGCAGCUACCGAUCUUCCUUUAUCGGAUCCGACGUGGGACACCGAUGCCCUACAGGGCUUGGAUGAUAUUUCACCAGCACAGCCUGCAGUGCUUGAGAGCCCUCUAUUGGACCCAGAAUCGUCUGGGCUAUCGUCCACAUUUAAGCUGUGGACCAGUUUGGCCGCACAAAUUGGAAGUAUUCUUCCGACACUCACCCUCGAAGAACUAGUCAGAAGGUGUUUUGAUCUCUACUUUGAGUACCUUUUCCCAUUGGCCCCUUUGGUUCACGAACAAAAUCUUCGCAACAACUUGGACUCCUUCUUGGCUGGAGAUAUACCAAUACUGCAUAGUGGAGGGCAUUCGACAGACCCAGCAUCCGCCAGUAUUUCUGAAAAUCUAGAGGUUUGGGCGGAAUCCACCUUUACGCUAAUUACAGCUCUUUGCGCUGAAGUCGCUUUUCGAUUACCUACGGAUAUAUUUGCCGAAGGCUGCAUUGUAUCUGAUAUCUUUCUGAAAGCUUCGAGGAACUGCUUGAACAUUUACUUAGAAACGGACCUGGAGUACCCAAAUGCCACUUCAAUGAUAAUCCGCUACUAUCAUUAUAAUUGUCUCCACGCAACAAGGAAGCCGAACUACGCAUGGCACGUCUUUGGUGAAGCUACACGCCUUGCACAGGUGAUGCGAUUGAAUGAAGAAGCUUCAUAUGAGUCCUUGUCUCCACUGGAAGCUGAGUUACGGAGGAGGGCCUUUUGGGUUAUCUUUAUUGGAGACAAGUCGGCUGCCAUCCUCGAUAACCGCCCAAUAACCAUUCACCAGCUGUCCUUUGAAACUGGUAUCACGGCAGCAUACCCUAUUGGAGAAAUCGAUGAUGGGAUAUCAAUGAUCCCAGCUACUAUAGACCCCUCCAGACCGGACUUUGUCGCAGGCUUCAGUGCUAGCAUAAAAUUAUGGCAGGUUGCGUCAGAUAUUUUGCUCGAAAUUCGAUUACAGGAACAUGCGCGUAACACUCGAAAAUCAUAUUCUUUGUCGCCAAAUGAAACCUCAAGCCCCACCCUGGAUGCCCUCUAUGUCCGCUUCAUCACUUGCCUUGACAACUUGCCUCCCUACCUUCAGGUGGACGGUUUCGCCGAGAACGAAGUUGACUAUCAGCAGUCAAACAAAACCGGGAUAAUCCAAAGAGUCAACCUUCAUAUCACAUUCCAUUUCCUUCGCAUGAUAAUCCUACAAAAGCUGGCUGUGCUUGAAGCUGAAUCCCCUUACAAAUCAAACUCCCGGAUGUUGAUGGUGAGAAGGGCGGAGGUCGCUCAUGAUAUGCUCCGGAUUAUCCAUAGUGUGCCAUUUUGGGCGCUGCAAAUAAACGGGGAGUCAUGUGUACUUGCACCUCAAAACAUAAAGCUAAACCGAGGAAAUGUUGAGAAAAUUCGCCUGGUUGGUGCGAGCCUAGUUGGUGUUCUCCAUGAAUCCGUGAAUGGGGCCACAACGGAUGCUCCGCUGUUGACACGCGCGAGAACCGACUUUGCUAUGCUACUAGAAGCCCUGACGGGACUUGAUUAUAGGGCAGCAGAUACAAUACGAUAUGGAUUGGAGAUAUAGUUGCAAUUAUCCAUACCGUGAAACUAUAGUUCUGGUAACAAAAUAAGCUUAAGCUUUCGGCUUACCCCGCAAUUGGAAAAUGAUAAUGCGGAGUAAUUCCAAGACCCUUUCCAGUUUGUGCUGCAGGACGGAUAUAGCAAAAGGUAUAUACGGAUAUACAGUAUUUACGCUGCCUUCCUGCUUCCCAACACCAGAUUGCAUGUGAUUUGCGAAUUCACAGGUGAUAACAGGAGAGUUGUUGUUUAUCAUAUGACGAGAAAGAAAGGAGUGACCCUGUCGCUUUGUUGUAUAAUUCGUUGAAGCACAGUCCGGUCCAGAAUCGGAUAUAUCCAAAGACCCUAUGAGCCUGCUUAGGAAGCAUUACCAAAUCAUUAACCCAACCAAUGGAUCUCCAAAUCGGAAAUACUCCGCAA